AUGACUACCGAGAAAAGCGAGAACCUAGUGGUUUUCUACGCGUCGCAAACUGGAAAUGCCGAAUGGAUAGCAAAGAACAUUCACCAGGAAGCAUUAAAACGCGGGUUUUCUAGCGAAUACCUCGUCUUCGACGAGCAUGACAAAGUGGAACUUUCAAAGGAAAAAAUUUUGAUUUUCGUCACCUCCAGCACAGGAGACGGCGAUCCGCCGGAUAAUGCUACAAAAUUUUUUAGAUAUUUGAGAAAGGUCAAAUCAAAAACUUUCUUGAGCCAUGCAAAGUUCACGAUACUUGGCUUGGCAGACGACGCGUUAGGUCUCGAGACGGUUGUGGAUCCUUGGAUUGAAAAUCUAUGGGCUACUCUAGCCAACGUCUGUGUUCAAAAGCAAGGACAUAAUAUCGAUGCAGAGGAAAUCAUUGAUUCGGUCAAAACGCUUUCGGUCAAUAGCAUUACCAAAACUGUGCAGGAAUCACCUGACAUUCAGACUACUAAUGGAAAGUCAAAUGGUCAGCUGUCAGGGAAUCUGAGUGGUGUUAAAGUUGUGCUGGAUUUCUCAGAAUUUGAUGACACUUCUCAGCUUACAGCCUUACCACGUAUCCCAGUCUCUUGUUGCAAGAUCGUUAAAUCUAGAAAAGAAAAUUUUGUUUCGGGGUCCUCUCUGCCUUCGUUUAUAGUUACACCUACCCCAAUCAUUAACUCAAGAUUGAGUUUCGUGCGUUGUCUAACUCAUCCGGGCUCCGUUAAAAAAACACUUCAUAUGGAGUUGGAUGUAAAGGAAUAUGGUAAAAAAAUUCAGUUCUCUCCCGGAGAUGCCUUUGGGAUACUAGCGCCCAACGAUGAUAUACUAGUUAGAGAUGUGUUGACAGCCCUGGGAAUCGAUGAGAAUGAGGCCAAACAAGAAAUUUCUGUUGAACCCGUUGAAGGAACCGAACUUCCAACACAUUUGAAACAAGCCAAAUCUACAUCGAUAAUCGAGCUAUUGCGUUAUGCUGUUGACUUGACUUCCUUGCCACGUAAAGCAUUACUAAGGAUGAUGGCCGAAUAUGCAUCCAACUCACUGGAAAGGAAGAAAUUGCUUUUUUUGUGCAGCAAACAAGGCAUUCAGCAAUUUAACCGAUUACGCGAACAGAUUCCCACAAUUCUCGAUUUAUUGGUAACCUUCCCUUCGUGCAAACCUCCGAUAGAACGACUUCUUGACGCGCUUCCACCGCAUAAACCGCGAUAUUAUUCGAUUGUCAAUUCGCCUCUUUUAAAUAGUGAUGCACUCCAUUUUGCAUUUAACGUCGUCGAUUACCAUACACCGGACCCUUAUAAUGUUCACAGGCUAGGGGUGUGCACUUCAUGGCUAAACAAGCUGAGUGGUAACAUUACAGAAGAAGGUCGAUCUCUUGCACCUUUAAUGAUAGACAUUCCUAUUUUCAUGGAAAUUAAUACUCGGAGUUUUACCAUUCCACCCGACAUCUCAAAGCCCUUGAUUAUGAUCGGUCCUGGUACAGGAGUUGCCCCUUUCGUCGGAUUUCUGAAUCAUCGAGAGUUACAGAUGAAGAAUCUUUCAGAAUACAGCGAACAAUUCGGAGAGAUGUGGUUGUUUUAUGGAUGCAGGAAGAAAGAAAAGGAUUUUUUAUAUCGUCAAGAGCUUGAGGGAUUUUUGAAACAAGGGAUCUUAAAAGAAUUAUUAGUUGUAGAAAGUCGAGCUCCUGGCGCCGGCUUAAACGGGAAACCAAAAUACGUUCAAGAUCUUUUAAGGAACCGUGGAAGUGAGAUUUUCAAGUUGAUGAGUCAAAAUGAAGCAAUGAUUUUUGUAUGCGGAGAUGCCAAAGGUAUGGCUAAAGAUGUCAACGAGUCAUUGGCCGACAUUCUCGUUGAACACGGUAAAAUUGAACGAUCCGAUGCGCUGAAAUUAUUGAUAAGGUGGAUGGAAGAAAGGCGAUAUUUACGAGAUUUGGUAGUGGGCUUAAACGAUCCGAAUAAAGAUGGAAACUAUGCCGGUUAUCAGUUAACAAGGAUUACAUUUAAAAAGUGGAAGAAUAAUCAAGUGCAAGAUGAUCAUAAUAGGCCUCUUCCUUCGUUUAGGAUGCAUAGUAGUAGACACCUGUUGAAGCGUAGGACCUGA